AUGCUUCGCGCUAUCGAUGCACCCUUUCCAGCCCAUGUCCAAACCGGAUACUCAACGGAGCCCAAAGCCCCAGAGGCCAAAGACAGAUAUGAGAUCCCAAUUCCCAAGAAGAUCAACUACAUCUGGCUUGGCCGAACCUUUGAGGACUUCGACCAGACGGAGAUUCAAGCAUGUGUGAAGGACAACCCGGACUAUCGUGUCAGACUGUGGCUCGAUGACUUUUCAAUGCUGGAGAUGGAAGGACCGAGCGGGCUCCCUAGAGUAUUCCCUCGGGCGAGCUUGAACAUCUACACGUCGGGCAUGAACAAAGCAAUCAGCUCUACUCACAUCAACAAAACCUUCGCGAUGCUAGUGCGUGCCCAGAUGGAAUUUUAUAAAGUCCGCCUAAACAAACAACUGCGAGCACAAAUUCCGACGGUCCAGAAGUUUCAGGAUUUCCUCCAACAGAACGAUCUACACAAUGUUGACCUACUUUUCCUCUCCGACUUCUACGAAGCAUUGUUCCACGCAGAACACCAAAGGAACCAGAAUUCCCUUUGCUAUCCCAGCCUCCAACCUUCCUCGCUAGCAUCUAGGUGGGAUAACCUAGGGCCAGAAGUCCGACUGCUGCAAUGGGCGCUUUUCGAAAGAUACCGUGGAAAUUACGCCGCAGCAUCCAACCUUCUACGAGUGCAACUCCUCCAGACGUACCCUGGCAUUUACGUCGACCACCACACGACGGUCCCCUCCAUCGGAGAUAUAACAGGCUUCCGAUUCGCGCUUACCGCAGAACAUACCGCUAGCCAAAGUUUCCUCGCCAGUGCGCCCAACCACCCUUGUCUUCAAUAUUUCCGGUAUUGCAUCCUCCAAAAUUACGACAGCCUUUUGAGAGACGAUUUCAAGUGCGUAACACUCGAUUACACCACCAUGAAGAAGCCCACGGAUCCAAGUGAUUUCCAAAAUCCCUACUUUACCGAAACGUACUCCCUUUCUGGUCCCGGGGCGUUCUUCAAGGCGAUGAAAGAUGUGGCGGAAGGCGUCUUGGGAGAAAAUGUUGACAUUAGCAAAGCGUCUAUGAAGGAAGCUAGGGUCAAUGCUAGAGUGGCGAAGGGAUGUGCUCUGGAUGGUGGAAAGGAUACGAACGUGGUGAAUGAAUAG